AACCUUCCAAAGAGCAAGGCCCAGGGAAGAGGCCUUACCAGUCCCAGUCUAACGGAAGCAAUGGAAUCAAGAGUGAAGGGUGAUGUGCAAAGAGCUAGCAACCCAGUACAAGCAAAUGGAAACCGCCAGUGCUGGGAGACCAAGGUCUAAACAUCUGAAUAGAGAGAGUCCUCAUACUGUAGAGGAGGGUCCAACCACAAGGUGAAAGGAUCCUGGGUUCCCAGAUGACAGCACAGAGCAGAGCUCCCCAUCUUAACCCAAAUCACCUAACCAUUGAUUUUUAUGAGAGAGCUUGUGAAAUGCCUCACUUAGGUGCCCAAUACAUGGUCGUUGUUACCAUCAAGAUUAUUGGACCCUCACCUUUUCCUCAGAGGCCAGUGAAUUCUCCAACUCAAUCAUUCAUUCACCUCAUCUUAGAAGAAUUUCUGGAUUUUCCAAGGAAGCAUCAGAUGUACAGGCCAAUUUACUCUGAGUUACUACUUCUUUUCUCAUCCCAGAUCAAUCGUCUUCAUCUAAGGAUGGGGAAAUGUAAUUCUACACAGCACCCAGGAUGAGGAAUUUUUAUAUUUGUGAUGAAUUUUGAUGACGCUGCAAGUUCCAAUAGCACUUCUACCAUGAAUACUUGCUCAUGAGCUCUGCGUUUUAUGUGACUCAUUUAAAGUUCAAAAUCCUGGUGGGAGCUUCCCAGGCCAAGGAGUGCUCUGCUUGCCAGACAGCCUGAACCUUCACAGAGACCCGCAGCGGACCAGCAAGCCAGGAGAGCUGCCCAUGUUCAGCCAGUCUGAGCUGAGGACCAUCGAGCAAUCCUUGUUGGCCACUCGUGUGGGCAGCAUUGCAGAACUGAGUGACCUGGUGUCCCGAGCUAUGCAUCACCUGCAGCCCCUCAACGCCAAGCACCACGGCAACGGCACCCCCCUGCACCACAAGCAGGGUGCGCUCUACUGGGAGCCCGAGGCCCUGUACACCCUUUGCUAUUUCAUGCACUGCCCGCAGAUGGAGUGGGAGAAUCCCAAUGUGGAGCCCUCCAAAGUCAACCUCCAGGUGGAAAGGCCCUUCCUCGUGCUGCCGCCGCUGAUGGAGUGGAUCCGGGUGGCCGUGGCGCACGCCGGCCACCGCCGCAGCUUCUCCAUGGACAGCGACGACGUCCGCCAGGCCGCCCGGCUGCUGCUGCCCGGUGUGGACUGCGAGCCGCGCCAGCUCAGGGCUGACGACUGCUUUUGUGCUUCUCGGAAGCUGGAUGCAGUGGCCAUCGAAGCCAAGUUUAAGCAGGACCUCGGUUUCCGGAUGCUGAACUGUGGACGGACAGACCUGGUGAAGCAAGCAGUGGCUCUUCUGGGGCCCGAUGGGAUCAACACCAUGAGUGAACAGGGCAUGACCCCCCUGAUGUACGCCUGCGUCCGUGGGGACGAGGCGAUGGUUCAGAUGCUGCUGGAUGCCGGAGCUGACCUGAAUGUGGAGGUUGUCAGUACUCCUCAUAAAUAUCCAUCCGUCCACCCCGAGACCCGCCAUUGGACGGCUCUGACUUUUGCUGUGUUGCAUGGACAUAUUCCUGUAGUUCAGCUCCUCCUGGAUGCUGGGGCCAAGGUGGAGGGCUCUGUGGAGCAUGGCGAGGAGAACUACUCAGAAACGCCCCUCCAGCUUGCAGCUGCCGUAGGAAAUUUUGAGCUGGUUAGUUUGCUGUUGGAGCGUGGCGCGGACCCCCUGAUAGGAACCAUGUACAGGAAUGGAAUUUCUACCACCCCCCAGGGUGAUAUGAACUCUUUCAGCCAGGCUGCAGCCCACGGACACAGGAAUGUGUUCCGCAAACUGCUCGCUCAGCCAGAGAAGGAGAAGAGUGAUAUCCUGUCCCUGGAGGAGAUUCUGGCCGAGGGGACUGACCUGGCGGAGACAGCCCCGCCCCCCCUGUGUGCCAGCCGCAACAGCAAGGCCAAACUCAGAGCCCUGAGGGAGGCCAUGUAUCACAGCGCUGAGCAUGGCUACGUGGAUGUCACAAUUGAUAUCAGAAGCAUAGGUGUCCCAUGGACCCUGCACACAUGGCUGGAGUCUUUGCGGAUCGCCUUCCAGCAGCACCGUAGGCCUCUCAUUCAGUGCCUGUUAAAGGAGUUUAAGACCAUUCAGGAGGAAGAGUACACGGAGGAGCUCAUCACCCAGGGCCUGCCCCUAAUGUUCGAGAUCUUGAAAGCGAGCAAGAACGAAGUGAUCAGCCAGCAACUGUGUGUCAUCUUCACUCACUGCUAUGGGCCCUACCCGAUCCCCAAGCUCACAGAGAUCAAACGGAAACAGACCUCGCGCCUGGAUCCUCAUUUCCUUAACAAUAAAGAAAUGUCAGAUGUUACCUUUCUGGUAGAAGGAAGACCAUUUUAUGCUCACAAAGUGCUGUUAUUUACAGCCUCUCCAAGGUUCAAAGCACUCCUCUCCAGCAAACCAACAAAUGACAGCACCUGCAUAGAGAUUGGAUACGUGAAGUACCCCAUCUUCCAGCUGGUCAUGCAGUAUCUCUACUACGGUGGCCCAGAGUCGCUUCUCAUUAAAAACAACGAGAUAAUGGAGCUUCUGUCUGCAGCUAAGUUUUUCCAGCUGGAGGCUUUGCAGAGACACUGUGAAAUUAUCUGUGCAAAGAGCAUCAAUACAGACAACUGUGUGGAUAUUUACAACCACGCCAAGUUUCUCGGAGUCACAGAGCUCUCAGCAUAUUGCGAAGGCUACUUUCUCAAAAACAUGAUGGUCCUCAUCGAAAACGAAGCAUUCAAGCAGCUCCUAUAUGACAAAAAUGGCGAAGGGACGGGCCAGGAUGUGCUCCAGGACUUACAGAGGACGUUGGCCAUCAGGAUUCAGUCAAUUCACUUGUCAUCUUCCAAAGGUUCUGUUGUAUGAAACAUCCAGUCCAGGGAAUAUUCCCCGGGGACUUGCCAGUUCUCCUGCUGCAUUGGCUGUACACAAACUUACAAAUUUCACCUGGAGUCUGUUUUUGGCUGUGCCAAGGAGCUGCCUCUACUGCCUCAGCUUCUCUUGAAUAAGCAAAUGCAGCUCCCAUAAGCUCCUGUUGAGAAACAAAGGACAUGCCACUGGCCAGCAGGUCAGAUUGCAGCUGGGCCCAGAGCUACAAGGUCAACAUGGGGUAGCCAGGCUGACCUCAUCCCAAAGCACCCCUGGGGCAGUUGAACACCCAUUGCCAGGGACUACUGUCCAAUGGAUGGACUGAGAGCUAAAGAUCAUUCGGGUUCCAGGUUGACAGCUGGAGAAUUUAACUGUACCAGCCCUGAAAAGCAUUAUAUUUAUUACACAUUAAGGAUCUUAGUAGCUGCAGUUCAGUAAGAGUCAACAGUGAUAGCGAAUCAGUGAGACUGUUACCAAUAGCGAAGACAUAAUUCGGCAAAUUUUUAGGGGUGGGAACUUUUUAAAAUGUUCAUUAAAAAAAACCAAAAACAGGGCAGCCUUGUAGUUUAAAAUAUAUUUCUAAAAGCUUACAGUUCAUUUUCAACUGAAUUAUGUCUAGGGAUCUGUGUUUUGAGAUUUUUUUUUAAACAGUAAGUCACAGGUCUACUCUGUAUAAACAUGCAUCUGACAAGAUACUGCUGACAUUCUACACAAGGUGAAAUAGUGACCUUGCCUUAGUGAUCAUGGUUACACAAAAGAGGUGCACUGCCAAUAAUUAUCUCUAACUCAGUAGUUGAAAACCUGCAUGCUAAUCAUGGUUUCGGGGUGAAAAUAAAAUCCCCCCACAUUAAAAAAAAAAACAUGCAUUUGCAUGGGCCCGAACCUGUGAAAUAUUAUGUUUGUGCUUCAUUUUUGCCAAGGUCAAAAGGUACCAUGACUUCUUGCUGAAAGCCCAAUUAAUGAAACUAACAUAUUCAUUUCCUUUCCUAGUUACAAAUGAUUCUGGGAUGCUUUUGCAGAAAUGUGUUCAUAGAUGAUACUGAAUAGGGGUUGGAGGAGGGGCAUGUCAGAGAAUUUACUAUUAGCCCAGAGUUUUCUCUGUAUUCUCAGAAGAUGUUAAUAGUUUGUUACUAGCCAGAGAAGAUGACUAUGUUAGAUUAUUUUUAAAGAUGAAACAUGUAUGAUAGGAUGGAUUCUUUCUGUAUUCUGAGAGUGUACAGUAUAGGGUUAUCUAUAAUGAAAGUUUAUAUCAACAGGAUUCCGUUUGCUCUGCCAUAUAUUAUAAGCAAAAGAGAUUAGUGAAGUGCCACAAUAUUCCAAAUAAUUUUUGAGUCGCUGCCUUUUUUUUUUCUUGUCCUUUCAUUUGAAACCUAGAUAACAUGCAGUAAAACUAGGAGAAUGACUUUUACCCUCUGGGAUGGCAAAGUUUCGUUGAUAAACGUAUUUCCUAGCAUGCCUUUGGGAACUUGUGCGCGGACCCUAGAUUCUAAAGGAGCUGCUGUUCAUCUGUUGUACUAGCUCCCUGAGCCAUUGUACAGAGGACCAAUGUCAAGUCCUGUUUCACGGGUAUGACCCACGGAGGACCCUGGCCACGUCUGUCUAGCCACGUCUGUCUACAGUAUUGGCUCUUCUGUGAUGCUGAUACACAAGGCCUCUCUUCCACUUGGUCAUUUGCAAACCACCCCAAUCCCUACCAUCAAAUGAGGAAAGGGAAAAAAAACUGCCUACAAGGAGCCCAAGUUACAGAUACACAGCUCGUCGUGAGUCGUGGGUUGUCCCUGUCUCCUGCCUCCUUCUGUCCUCAGAGAUGCUGCGUGGAUGUUUCCUUCCCCGUGACUGACUUCCCUGUGAAUGUCUAAUGCUAGUUCAGGGCCUCUGGGCAUUGAUUUGUACAGCGGCAACUCCUGACGGGCUUCUGUUACGGUUUGGUGUGCUUUCUCUGUCAUUAAAAAGUUGGUUUUCCCACGCUGCGCA